UAUCAGCUUAUUUAAAUGUCUUUGUCAAUCUUUAAGUCUAUAAUAGUUUUUUUCCUUUUACAAUUACAGAUUUUUAUACUCAGAUGAAGUGCAAAUUGGACCAGAGACCGUUAUGACCACGCUUUACACAGCCAAAAAGUACGCAGUACCUGCGCUCGAAGCCCACUGCGUCGAAUUCUUAAAGAAAAACCUACGUGCUGACAAUGCGUUCAUGUUGCUUACCCAGGCACGGCUUUUUGACGAGCCCCAGCUGGCUAGUCUCUGUUUAGAAAAUAUCGACAAGAACACCGCUGAUGCGCUAGCCGCCGAGGGCUUUACGGAUGUCGACAUCGACACCCUUGUGGCAGUCCUGGAGAGAGACACGCUGGGUGUACGGGAAGUGCGUCUCUUCGGGGCUGCGGUUCGUUGGGCGGAAGCUGAGGCCCAAAGGCAACAGUUACAGCCCACGCCGGAGAACAAGCGCAGAGUGUUGGGAAAAGCGCUUUCCCUUAUUCGCUUCCCGCUCAUGACUAUUGAAGAGUUUGCAGCAGGUCCGGCUCAGUCUGGUAUACUCACAGACCGGGAGGUGGUCAGUCUGUUCCUGCAUUUUACCGUCAAUCCAAAACCACACGUGGAGUUUAUUGACCGGCCUCGCUGUUGCCUCCGGGGGAAAGAGUGCAGUAUCACACGUUUCAGUCAGGUGGAGAGCCGCUGGGGCUACAGCGGAACCAGCGACCGCAUCCGGUUUUCUGUGAACCGCAGAAUAUUUGUGGUGGGAUUUGGGCUCUAUGGGUCCAUACAUGGUCCAACUGACUAUCAGGUCAACAUCCAGAUAAUACAUACAGACAGCAAUACAGUUCUCGGUCAGAACGAUACAGGCUUUAGCUGCGAUGGAACGGCCAGUACCUUCCGAGUCAUGUUCAAGGAGCCUGUGGAAAUUCUUCCCAGUGUCAACUACAUUGCCUGUGCCACCCUCAAGGGGCCAGACUCUCAUUAUGGGACCAAAGGGAUGCGUAAAGUCACCCACGAAGCGCCUGCUACUGGUACCAAGACCUGCUUUACAUUCUGCUAUGCUGCAGGCAAUAACAAUGGCACUUCUGUAGAGGAUGGACAAAUCCCAGAGGUCAUCUUCUACACAUAAUGACCAAGCAGAAUCAUCUCAUGAUUGAGGAUUCUUGCAUUGGAUUUUGUGGCCAAUUCACCAGUCUCUGUGAAGACCAGUGACCAAAUACUGAUCUCAUUUCUAAUGGCUUUUGUUUCUAAGAUUUGAAGCAUGAGAAUUCAGUCCUUUCAAAGUGUACUUAUGGUACAGAUUCUGUUUCUACCCAAGUAGCACCUCGUAGUACACCACUUUGAUGUUAUGAGCAGCCAAUGUCAUUGCUAAUUAAUGAACAAAUAGGUGAACUUGUCAUUGCAAUGAUCUGAUACAGGUACUGUUAAACUCUUGAGGGUAACUCUCUUCCAUUUGUACAUUUAUUUGAAUGUUGACAACUGGUGUUUCUUUUGGUCCCACCUUUGACCCUUGAUUGUUCAAUGCUCAUCAGUCCUUC